AUGGAGGUGGCACUCGGCCAUCGCAUACAAGAACCCGAACCCUGGCUCUGCAGCGUGACGAACAACUUCCCUCUGGCUGCGGCCAUGUCCAUGGCUAAAGACCUGAAAAACAUCGAUGCUCUUGUCAUAGCAGCAAAGACUAUCCUAGCGAACGCCCCUUGUACCGAGAAAGGAACCUCCCGAGAUACGUGGUACACCUUAGCUGGCGGCAACGCGCCCGAGGACUUCAGAAUCUGCCCGGCUUGUCACGCGGCGUGGGUCAGCCCUCUCAAGCUUGAUCGAUUCUAUGAGGUAGCAAGAGGUGUAGACCCUACAAAGCCAUUUGUCUGUAGUCUUCAUCCCUCAAAUCCGCGAUGGACGGAGCAUAUUCAUCGCUGGCAGGAGGCUCUUGAGACGGGUGUCUGGUCAAGAUACUCCAACUGGGUUCACAGGUUCGCGGAUGUUCCACCAUGCGCCGGAGAUGGUAAGAUUACGAACGGCAAGUGGUACGGCUGGGACGACUGCACAAUCUGCCCAGAGUGCUGGGUGACCUUCUGCAAAGACGCACAUCCCGCCGCCUCCAGUCUGCCAAUGGAAUAUCACAAACAGAUCGUGCCAGACACCAGGAUGUGCUGCAUGUACUCUCGGCGCAUGCGACAGAAGUGGGUGGAAGCCUGUGAAGUCGGCAACGCAGGUAGGCUCGUGGAGUUCUCUAGGACGAGAAUCCAGAUGUACAUCCAGACGGUUGUGGAGAUCCGGCGGCUGAGAGUGGUACACGAGAUGCAGGUCGUGCAGUCCUUGAAUGCCGGCACCCAGAGCGCCGUAUGGGGCAGUAUGCAGAGCGCCAGGGUGCUUUUUGGUACGACUGACGGGUAUGAGCACGGGAAUAGCACGCUGGGAUGGCAUGCGACGACCGAGGGGGUCACAAGUGCAGCGUACCAGCGGGAGAUGAAUGGUCUCAGGGACCAGUCUUGGGGGACUCUGAUCCAGAUUGAGCAUUUGCAGAACCAGUGGCAGAUGUUUGAGUGA